GCUGAGUUUUCAGACUGACAAAACUUCCACCGAACCGAGUGAUGGCGGCCGUCGUGUCUGUUAGCACAGCUGCCAGAGAUGAAACCACAGACACAGGGCUCAGUUUCGCCCCUCGCCCGCUUCACGAAAAUUACGACCUCGCUUCGGAGCACGAAAGCUGGAUGUCCGGAGACCGCCGGUACCCCGACCUCGAACCGGGCGAAGAGGACUCUGAACGCGAGUGUCAGCGGAGGGUCGACGAGGACUUGACAUCACUGAGCCCCGAAGAGAUUGAGAGCCGCUUGGAGAGAACUCGCCGGGAGUUUUACAACCGUAGGAAAAUUAUCAUAAAAAAUCUUCCCUCCGACGUCAGCAAUCAGGAGGUCCAUGAGCUGUUGGGCAACUAUGACUUGAAGUACUGCUUCGUUGACAAAUACAAGGGCACAGCAUUUGUGACGCUGCUUAAUGGAGAACAGGCGCAGUGUGCCAUCAAAGACUUCCACCAGCAUGUGCUCCGGGACAGGGAGAUCUCUGUGCAGCUGCAGCCAACAGACGCUCUGCUAUGCAUCGCCAACCUGCCCCGCGCCUUCACCCAGCAGCAGUUUGAGGAGUUGGUGCGACCCUUUGGUAACCUGGAGCGCUGCUUUCUAGUGUACAGCGCCUCCACAGGGCACUCCAAGGGCUAUGGCUUUGUGGAGUACAUGAAGAAGGACUCGGCUGCCAGGGCCAAGUCGGAGCUAUUAGGAAAGCAGCUGGGCUCUCGCAUGCUGUAUGUCCACUGGACUGAAGUGGGCUCGCUCACAUACCCACUGCUGCACUCUAAAUGCCUGUGUGUGGACCGCCUGCCCCCGAGCCUGCUGACAGCACAAGACCUACGCAACGCCUUGGCUGAUACCCAUGCGCCCGUCUUCUGCCAGUUGGCUCAGGGACAAGAUGGAAGUUUUCGGCGGUUUGCAGUGUUGGAGUUUGCCACAGCUGAGAUGGCCGAGGAGGCACAGAGACUCACUGAUGGCAGGCUGCUGGGAAGGACACACAUCAGGGUGUCUUUCUGUGCCCCUGGUCCUCCUGGAAGAAGCAUGUUGGCUGCUCUGAUCGCCGCCCAAACCAUGGCUGUGAAUAGGGGUAAGGGUCUCCUCCCUGAUCCUACAGCCAUGCAGAUACUUACAGGCCUCAAUAACCCUGCUACCCUCAAGAUGCUGCUCAACCCUCUGUCACAAGGACCCAAACAAGGCCUCCUUGGGGCAGCCCCUACGAUGCCCCUGCUGGCCAAUCCCGCCCUCUCUGCCGCCCUGCUCCAGCUGCUCCUUCAGAACCAAGCCAAGGCCCAGCAGCAGGCAGGACUCAUCGGGGAGAAUCCUCUGGCUGCUCUCCCUGUCCAGCAGGGAGUCCAUCUGCUCGGAGACCUGCCCCAAGGUGGUGUCCCCGGUCUUGGUCUUCAGACGGAUCCUUUGGCCCCCUUGAAGCCAAUGCCACUUGGCCGAGCCUUGGCAAGAGAGCAGGAGUCCCCCACAGCAGCGUGCACCUUCCCCCAGACUUCCUCUCCCACCCUGCAGGGAAUCUCCAUGCCCCUGAUGAGUGGGAUGAUGGGGGCAGAUGGCCUCACAGCACAAGGGGUCUCCAUACUAGGAGAUCCUCCCAAAGAUGUGAACCAUCCCCAGAGUGCCUUCCUCGGUGUCAACAAUGUUUUUCCUUCAGGAGGCAGCUGCAGACCUCACCCCUAUAGGAAGAGGCCAACAUUAAGCAAUGUGUCCAACCAACACGCACACCAGAGCAUACAGCCAAAUUACAACCUGCGCUACCAGGAUUCCUACAGCCCAGAAUACCCUCCUCUACACCAGGAUCCUCUGGCUCACUUAUAUGAACAGCAGGAGAACCUUGAUGCUGGAGCCUUGACAGGCUUUGGUCAGCAGCUCUCUCGUCACCACGACUACAGUGAGCGAUUUUCCCACUACAGCUACCCUUCCAGUGAACCCAUGUCCUCUUACUUCAGCUCAGGGCCCGAGGCCCCCAGUAAUGGGAGCCUCCCUACCACCCAUCUCAACAGGGCUGUGGGAAUGCCUCCUGUGAGCCACACCACUAACUACCCCCCAGGCCUGGGGAAUGCUGUGAAGACUCCCAUUGGUAGCCACAAGCGUGUGUUCUCCCGGCUGAUCCCAUCUCCGGAGCCGAGCCCCGAGGGCGGCUACGUGGGCCAGCACUCCCAGGGCCUUGGAGGCCAUUACGCAGACUCCUACCUUAAGCGAAAGCGUAUAUUCUAACUACGGCUGAAUGCUGCCUGUUGUAGGAGUAGCCAUUCAGCAGCCAGGACACAAUGGCAUCUCCUCUGGUGUCUUCCAAUGAACUGGAUAGCGUGGUGGUCCUUGGAUUUGUCUCCUGUGUGCUCCUGUGAGUGACCCCUGGAGGGCGCCAGGGAGCGCAGCCUGUAGCUAUCUGGACAGUUGUUUCACUCCAUGGGAAUUCUUGGUGGUUGUAAUUUUUUUUCUGUUGUGUAUAUAUGAUUUUAGUGUGUUGGUAAAUUAAGUUUUUACUUUUUUUUUUUUUAAUUUGACUUUAAUUUCGUGUUGAAAAACGUGUACAGUGAGAAAAAAUGGUUAAUUAGCAUAUGAAGUCUUUUCUCUUGAGCAUUUUUUUUUAUCCCUGUGUUGAGUGUGGUGUAUCAGCAGAUAGUUUGGCCAGUUUUGCUUUUUAUUAUGUUUGACAUCCCUCUAAAGUGAUGCUGUCCACAAUUUCAGGCAAAGGGACUUGCGUAGUAUUAAAAAAAGCUUUACUUUAAGGGCUCUACUUUUUAAAAAGCCUUUCUAAUUCCAUGUAAAGAUGUUCAGUAGUUUGUUUAAUGAGAUGAUGUUUUGAUGUUGUUUUCCCCUUCUUCCACAGGGUUGUAUAUUUCACUGUAUGACCCUCCUUGGUUUCAGACCUCUCCUCAUUGGUUAACAUGCAGCUUUCCAUCCACCAAUGACAGCUGUGUGCGUGCCUGCCUUUGUGUUAUGACGGUGAAGCUUUUUUCCAUUCUGGCAUGUUUUCUCAAGCCUCAACUUUUCCACGUUGUUUGUCUUUUGAUCCACACCCUCCAGCUUUGUUUUUGGAGUCUGUUCUCUACACUGGUUGUUGAGUGAUGCACUUUGACGUCACAAUAUCUGUACUCACCUCUUAUGAGAUGCCAUUUUCAAGUCUCCUCUCACUCAUAUUUGUCCCAGGAGUUGAAUAUUUUCUGUGUUUGUGUGAGUUUUUGUUUGCUAAAUUUAAAUUUUGAAUGUCUUUAUAGUCCGAACACAACACCUCUGGUUGAGUUGGGUGGAUGGGGCGGUGGACAUGCGCUGUGUGCCAUCUCUCGAGUCUGGGAGAUACUAAUGGAAGCUAGUGGCAGGUGAUUGGUCAGUGACACGACUGUUAUCGUUUUUUUUCUCUCUUUUUUUUUUUUUUUAAUUUUAUUUUUUAAAAAUAAUUAUCUGGUUGACAGUUUGAUUGUGAAAACCCAUUACCUCUGACUUCUGCUAGGAAAUGCAGCUACACUUGAGCCUUAACAGUGUUUUUCUGUGACAUCAUCCUGCCCUGUGUUGGCUUCCAUCUACAUUUACCAUUUCUGUGUUAUUUGCUGUGUAAAUAGUUAAGCUUGAUCAUUUUCCCCCACCCUAAAGUCCAAAACUUUUUGUUUUCUUUAAUCAUACCUGCCUCUGGUCUGGUGUUUUGAAUGAAUUUGCUGCUCCUACGUGUUUUUGUCGUUUGCUUGUAUGCUUGACAGCUGAUGUGACCAAGAGUGGCGCCACAGCAGACCGCUCAUGUUGUGUAUGGACCAAGAGAUGCAGCCGUACUGUAUGAUGAUCAUUCACUUUGAUCGAUUUGAUCCUAACUGCCAUCUUCUCAUCUGUACCGCCAUGAUUGUCUCUGUAUGUGUGUGAUGUGAGCAAGUAAAUGUUAUUGAAACUCA